AUGGGUGGAUCUGGUAAAACAACCACAGCCAAAUCCAUCUACAAUCGAAUUCAUCGCAAGUUUGUGCAUAGAAGUUUCGUUGAAAAUAUCAGAGAAGCUUGUGAAAAUGAUAAUUAUAGAGGGGUUAUUCAUUUACAGAAAAAAAUUCUUUCAGAUGCCCUGAAAACAAAGGAGAAGAUAGAUAGUAUUGGGUUGGGAGCAAAUAAGUUGGAGACAAGACUUAGAGGGAAAAAGGUAUUCAUUGUACUUGAUGAUGUGACCUCGUUUCAGGAAUUAAAAGCCCUGUGUGGCAAUCGUGCAUGGUUUGGUACUGGAAGUGUAAUAAUUGUUACAACCAGAGAUGUACACCUUCUUAAUUUACUUGAAGUUGACCAUCUCUGUAAAACCGAGGAAAUGAACAAAGACGACUCCCUUGAGCUUUUCAGUUGGCAUACAUUUCGAGAAGCAUGCCCUGCAAAAGAUUUUAAUCAACUCUCAAAAAAGGUAGUUGCUUAUUGUGGAGGAUUGCCAUUGGCUCUUGAAGUCAUUGGAUCUUACUUAUAUGGGAGGACAAAACCAGAAUGGGAAAGUGUACUGUCAAAAUUAAAGAGAAUUCCCAAUGAUCAAGUGCAUCAGAAACUGAAGCCUAACGUUACAGAGAUAUUAAAUGGAUGUGGACUUUAUGCUGAUAUUGGAAUAUCUGUCCUCAUAGAACGGAGCCUCUUAAAAGUUGUAAAGAAUAACAAGCUUCAAAUGCAUGAUUUGAUAUGGGACAUGGGAAGAGAAAUUGUCCGUCAAAGUUCACCAAAAGAGCCUGGAAAGCGUAGUCGAUUGUUGUUCCACGAGGAUGUAUCUCAUGUUUUGGCAAAAAAUACUGGAACAAAUACUGUCGAAGGAUUGAUUUUGAACUUGCAAAGAACAAGCAGAGUUAGCUUCAGUACUAAUGCUUUCCAGGAAAUGAAUAAACUGAGACUUUUACAACUUGACCGUGUUGACCUCAUUGGAGAUUUUGGGGAUCUUUCCAACCACCUGUGUUGGGUUGAUUGGCAACGAUUUUCCUUCAAAUGUAUACCUGAUGACUUUUAUCAGGAAAAUCUAGUUGCUUUUGAGCUAAAAUAUAGCAAUGUCAGACAAGUUUGGAAGGAAGCCAUGUUGAUGGAGAAGCUAAAAAUUCUCAAUCUCAGUCACUCCAAGUACUUGAGAAGCACCCCUGACUUUUCAAAAUUACCAAAUCUAGAAAAGCUCAUUAUGAAGGAUUGUCAAAGUUUAUCCAACGUACAUCAGUCCAUUGGAGAUCUCAAGAAUGUUCUUCUCAUAAAUUUGAAGGACUGUACAAGUCUUGAAAAUCUCCCAAGAGAGAUCUAUCAAUUGAAAUCUUUGAAAACUCUCAUCCUUUCCGGCUGUUCAAAGAUUGACAAAUUGGAAGAAGAUAUUGUGCAAAUGGAAUCCUUGACAUCACUGAUUGCAACAAAUACAUCUAUAAAAGAAGUUCCAUAUUCAAUACUAAGAUUAAAAAGCAUUGGAUAUAUAUCCCUAUGUGGUUAUGAAGGAUUAUCGCAUGAUAUUUUUCCAUCACUCAUUCGGUUUUGGAUGUCUCCUACAAUGACUUCCUUACCACGCAUUCCCCCUUUUAGGGACAUGCCGUUGUCUCAUGUUUCCUUGGAUGUAGAGAAUAAUAAUAACCUGGGUUUGAGCUGUCUCUUGCCCAAGCUUAACAGCCUUUCCAAACUUAGAAGUUUUCAGGUACAAUGCCACUCGAAGAUUCAACUAACCCGGGAAUUAACAAGAUUUAUUGAUGAUCUACAUGAUGCAAAUUUUACUGAACUGGAAACAUCACAUACAUCACAAAUCUCUGUUCUUUCGUUGAGGUCACUUUUGAUUGGAAUGGGAAGUUACGACACAGUUAUAAAUACUCUUGGCAAAAGCUUAUCACAGGAAUUGAGAAUCAAUGAUUCUAUUGAUUCUUUUCUUCCGGGUGACAAUUAUCCUUCUUGGUUGGCCUAUACAUGUGUAGGACCUUCAGUAUAUUUUCAAGUGCCUGAGGAUAGUGUUUCUGGAAUGAAGGGAAUAGCUUUAUGUAUUGUUUAUUCAUCAACACUUGAAAUCAUGGGAACUGAAUGUCUGACUAGUGUCUUGAUCAUUAAUCACACAAAGUUCACGAUCCAAAUCUACAAGCGAGACACAAUAAUGUCGUUUAAUGAUGAAGAUUGGCAAGGUGUAGCAUCAAAUUUAGGAGUUGGUGACAAUGUUGAGAUUUUUGUUGCUUUUGGGCACGGAUUGAUAAUUAAGGAGACGGCUGUCUAUCUAAUAUAUGGUCAGUUGACUACAAUGGAAAUUGAACCAAUACUUGAAGUGGCUGCGCAACCAUCUCCUGAUGUGGAAAUUGAGCUAUUACCAAAGACAAAUGAAAAGAUCUUUAUAAGACUCGCAAAGAGAGUAGGAAAAUGUUUAUGCUUGAACCAAAAUCGAGAUCUCAACAAUUUUUGAUUAAGCAGGCCGUUGUCCUAAUAUGGGAUUCCUUAAGAUGUAUAAAACCAUUCAAAAUAAGUGUACAGCUAUAACGUACAUGGAUACAAGGAUUCAAAAAUCUUCCACACCACCAAGAAGUGUGCAGCAACCAUGACAAAUCAACAACUGGCUUCCGAUUCCCUUGUAUGGUUUUUGUAAUAUUUUUCUGGAAGGGAGGACGGACAAUGCUUAUGUUUAAUAUCCACAGAUGAGAUCUAUGAGGCAGAGGUGUUGUUUGUUUAAAUUAUUAGCUCUACAAAAUUUCUUGAAAAUAUAGUACGAUCUUUGUAUUUUUUGUAUAAGAUCAUUGUAGUGUGACUAAACUCAGGUGCUCUUCAAGACUAAGUGUGAGAGAAAGUUGUCAAAAAAUGAAGUACCUAUAUUCUAACUUUUAACCCUAGUUUGGAUUAGUCCUCUAUUAA